GGAGACUUGGUGAGAUAAAGAUCAGUUGUUCAUGUGGGACAGAGGGCCGAAGGGACGUGGAGUUGAUUAUGGGAUGCGUGCGAAGGAGAACGGCAUGAUGGUUACAGCGUGUGCAGGAGAGAAGAGGCGAACGAAGGGCUAUAGUGGUCGUCACCCCCAGUCGCAGCCAGCCAAUGAGGAUGGAGACGAUACUUCCAUGACCUCCUUUGCCGUCGCUGUCCGAGGCCUCCCCCUGGCCUUGGCGUCCAUGACACAAGCUACCGCCUCAGACUCUCGCUUCCACCCUAGAUGGCGGGCGAUCACCGUGGCGACCCUGCUGGCUUUAGUGCUCAUGUUGUACCUGCACAGGACAGUCGGGGACGGAGACUCUGCUACCAGAGGUUACUACCGCAACAGGGCUCACAGUUUGCAGGUGCACAGUGAGGAUGAGGAGGACUUCUUCAGGGACACUAACAGACAAACUGCACGAAGCCUCUCUCGCCACCACAGAAGGGAAAAACCUUACAACGACACGUAUCCGUUAAGUCGGCCGGAGAAGACGAAGCACGGCGUCCGCUACCGUAUCGGUGUGAUUGCAGAUCUGGACACAGCGUCGCGUAGCUUGAAGGAUCAGACGUGGUUCAGCUACAUGAAAAGAGGGUACCUGACUGUUUCAGACAGCGCCGACAGACUGGAGGUGGAGUGGGAUGCUGAGACGGUCACACUGGAGAGUCAUCUGGCAGAGAAAGGACGAGGUAUGGAGCUGUCUGAGCUGGUGGCGUUCAACGGUCACCUGUACAGUGUGGACGACCGUACCGGCGUGGUGUACCGGAUUGAGGGCAACCAGGCCGUCCCCUGGGUUAUAUUACCAGAUGGGGACGGAUCCGUCUCCAAAGGAUUCAAAGCAGAGUGGCUGGCAGUGAAGGAUGAGCACCUAUAUGUUGGCGGCCUGGGGAAAGAGUGGACCACGACCUCUGGAGAAGUCGUCAACAAUCACCCAGAGUGGGUCAAAGUAGUCGGCUGCCAUGGCGACGUGCAGCACGAGAACUGGGUCCCGCACUACAACGCCCUGCGGAGCGCCACAGGGAUCCAACCACCAGGAUACCUGAUCCAUGAAUCAGCGGCGUGGAGCGAGCGUCUCCAGCGCUGGUUCUUCCUCCCUCGCCGUGCCAGUCACGAACACUACGAAGAGACGGCGGACGAGCGGCGAGCCACCAACCUGCUGCUGUCCUGCCCCGCUGACUUCAGCUACAUAUCGGUGCGGCACGUCGGACCCCUCAACCCCACCCACGGCUUCUCCUCGUUUAAAUUUGUCCCAGACACAGACGAUCAGAUUAUUCUGGCCCUGAAGUCGGAGGAGGAUGCAGGCAGGAUCGCCACCUACAUCAUUGCAUUCACGCUCGACGGUCGGGUGCUGAUGCCCGAGACGAAGAUAGGGAAUGUGAAGUUUGAAGGGCUGGAGUUUAUUUAAAAAAAGUCAACCGGCUUGGCUAAAUAAAGGGGACACGCUGGACAAAAGCACCACAUUUUUUCCACGUGCUCUCUAUCACCAUAGGUUUAAAUUUUUGGUAGGAGCCACUUCAUCAAGAUGGCCGAUCCGAGAUGGCACCCAUAUAAAGUCUAUGAGAACCAAUACAUCUUCCAAGCCACUCAGAAGGUCAAUCUUGGUGUCAAAAUCUACAUUUUCUGGGUCAAGGAAUCAUUUAAAGCUGUUGAGAAUAUCACUAGAUGAUUAUUUGAUCAAAUAGAAAUGUUCAUUUUCACCCAGACUGGUAGGCAACUAGCUUCAAGUGCUGCAGCAGGGAAUCCUGAGCUGAAAAUGUUAUAAUUACAUGGCCAAAAUGAACAUAUCUAUUUGAUCAUCUAGUGCAGCGGUUCCCAAACUUUUUUAGCCGUGCACCCCCUUCUAUGUCCCCACCAGGUUGACGCACCCCCAAUCCCCCACACCUUCAAAAAAACUAAAUGCAAUAAGAUUUUUUUAUAGCCAUAUUAAAGGAGGCAUGUUUAAUCAUGCUCAAAUGUCCAGAACACACAUAUAAUAAAAUAAUCACCACUUUUCAGAGGAAAUGGAAGAAGAUAACUUCUUCUACGCUUCAUUAUAAGAUGAAGUGCAUUUUGAAAUUGACCAAAAAUACAUGUAAAAAUGACAGAAAAAGACACAAAACAACCAAAAAUAGAUGCAAAAAUUACCAAAGAUGACACAAAAUGAUCAAAAUAGACACAAAUUGACCAAACAACCAAAAAAUAGAUGCAAAAUGACCAAAAUAGAUGCAAAAAUGAACAAAAAAUGACACAAAAUUGAAUAGCCUGUAUUUAUUAAUUAAUUAAUAACACGUCUUUAUUGUGUGGGGGGAAAAAAUGUAAUUGUGUAAUUAUCAGACCGCCAUUAAAUUUUUCACCUCGUGCACCCCCUAGCAGCAGCUCACGCACCCCCAGGGGUCCACGCACCACACUUUGGGAAUCCCUGAUCUAGUGAUAUUCUCAGUAGCUUUAAAUUAUUCUUUGACCCAGAAAAUGUAUAUUUUGACACUAAGAUUGACCUUCUAAGUGGCUUAGAAGAUUUAUUGGUUCUCAUAGAUUUUAUAUGGCUGCCAUCUCCGAUCUGCAAUCUUGAUGAAGUGGCUCCUACCAAAAAUUGAAACCUAUAGUGAUAGAGAGCAUGUGGAAAAAAUGUGGUGCUUUUGUCCGAUGUGUCCCCUUUCUUCCCAAAUCUGGUAAAAUAAGCCGCCGGACUAAAAAGGACAGCGCUGAAGGUGCACAAGUUCCUGCAGGGGGAAGAUUGACAGGUGGACUGUAUCGGUGCAACACUGUUGAUUUGAGUCCUUAACGUUACAUUCCGCUCUCGGUUUUACUGUGCAAUAUAGAUAUAUUUUAUAAUAAUAUUGGAUGAUAAUUGAGAGGCAAAAGAGAAGGUGAAAGGGCAGGAGGAUGCCACAUUAUCACCUCCACCAGGGAGACAAACAUGUCCCCAACAACUGACCAGUUCAGUAGCACAGUCAGUCACCAGCCAAUAGGAUUUUUAAAGCUUUUAUAAUUAGACACUACUGAUAUAUUCCAGAGCAGUCUGGGUAAAAAAACCUUUAUAAACGAGUAGCCGUGGGUCGAUCAAACACUCCUGCAGCCACUCUGCUGGUCAGACACUCAGGGGAACAAACAGGAUAUAAUAUAUAAAAAAGGAAUAGAAACGAAUGUCUGUUAAUUACUUGAAAUAUUAAACCUACUCAUAACUUUGUUUUAUCUUACCUGUUCAGACACACUGAAGUCUACGUUAUUAGAUCUGUACUGAUGUAAUGGGUCUAGUUACUUGAUGCAUAUCAACUUCUGAUUCAUAAACUAGUUUUUCUGCCCAAAUGUUUCUCACAUUAGUUAAUAACUUGAAUAUAUCACUGGCUUCUCAUGCCAGUGAAACACCAGCUUUUUUUAUUUGAACAGUAACCAAGCAUUUAUUCGUUUUGUAUCCUCUCAAAAUACAAAAAAUUAAAAUAUCGUCUGUUGUUUGAACAUUU